GUCAUAUGAAGAGUUUCUAAACACAUUCACUUAUCUUUUGAAAGUGGGAUCCCUAAGGAUAACCUUCCUUACCUUGAUUCACAAACUGCUAAGGAAAGUGUAUGGCUUCCAGAAACCUUUCCUCACUUCUCAUGCACUAAGGCUACAGAUGUGCACAGGAAAGUUGCUGGGUCCUCAGUCCCUAUUUUUACUCUGCUCUGCCAGGGAGGAGGGGAAGCCGGGAGGAAGCAAAGACAGGACACCUGACUCAAACUGACCAAAGAAGAAUUCCAUACCACAGCACAUCAUGCCCAGGAUGUAAAUGAAAGUUACCAGGAAGGAGGAAGAGAGGAAGACAAUUCAUGGAAGUAAAGUUGACUCAUUAAGGAAAAUAUUUAAUACUUCUGAAUUACCAAACAGAAAUAAAUGGGAUGGCUCACAUGGAAGAAGCAAGAAAAUUGGGGUGUCUCUUCUAACACAGCUGCCAAGUGAGAAUAAGCCAGUGAUGAAUAAGAGCUGGAAAGCUGGUGGCUCUGAAGAAAACAGUCUCAGAUUGUCUGAAAGAGUGAAGGUAGACAAGGCCAUUUAUCUGGAAGAUACCAACACAGAUGAAGAGAUGUUCAGUGGGUCGUUACUUCUCCCAGGAGAGGUGGAACAGACAGUGACUUAUUGUACACCCUUUUUUGAUAAACCCAUGCAACUGAAGUCCAAGACCUUGUCAGUUACCCAGCCAUCGGACAGCAAAACCCAGGAGCUACUAGGGGAUGAUGUUCACCCAUUCUCACUUGAUGAAGAAUUUGAUUAUGACAAUGUGGCACUGACCCCGAAGUUCUCUGAGGCUGAGCUCAAGGCCAUUAUAGACUUGUCUGAAGAGAAGAAAACAGGAACAGAUGUAAAGUUGGCAUGAGCUGAAGACUGGGUUGAAGCCAUUCUGUGCAGUGCUGCUAAAUAACAUUUUAGGGGGUAAAUCUAGCACUUCACUCUAUUCUUAUUUAAUGGUUUUAUCUGUGUGGCCAGUAAAUGACGUCCUCGAUAUUUUUUUGCUUGUUAUACCAAUGUGCCUUGGAGCCUUUGGUUUCCUUCCCCUGUAUCUACUCCUUCCAAGUCCUCAUGAGAACAUGGAAUAGGAAGAUGGUGCUUGCUCAGAGUUCUUGUAUAAUAGCCAUUCAGCUACUAUAUUAUAUGUCUGUACAAUGAUUUGUUUAGGCAUUCAGGUUGACUGAAGUCUGCAUAUGUUGCUAAACCCAAAAAGGAUUUUUGUAUAAUAAUAAUGUUGUAUAGAAAAUAUUUGUAUAGAUAAUAUUUUUAGUCUACAGUGUUCAGCUAUGAUGUUGUUUUCCAGGUGGUACAAGGCAUUUCAUAGAA